AUGACUGAGGCUGCUUACACAAAAUCCCAGGAGGAGUAUGAGGAUGACUUUGAGAAGGAUCUGGACUGGCUGAUCAGUGAGGAGGACCGGAGCGAGGACCCGGGUUCUGACUAUGAAGACAUAGAGGCAGAAAUUGACAAAGAGUUGGAGAAAGAUGAGAAAAAACAAGGAGGGCAAAAAAAUCAAAAGAGAGGCCAUACAACAGACCGUUUGGAAAAAGAAGAAGAGAGAUGGCCCUCUCCAAUGGAUCCAUUAGAGUAUGACUCGGACAGAGACAGCUCGAGUAAAUCCCCUCCUGUAGUGCCACCUCCUCCAGAGACUGAUGACCAAACAGAGGAGGAAAAGAAGUACAUAUUGGAGAAGAUCCAGCAGGCUAACAGGGAGCUACAGGAACAGGAAAUUCCAGACGUGACAAGACGAAGGCGACUUCAUUUUAAGGAGACGCUGGUGGACAUGGUGGUGCCUCCACUCCGGUUUGAGACGGUUGACAGAAGGGACGAGGUAGAAGGAGAGAAGGGCCCCAAAGAGAGAGCCAAGGUUGCAGAUGCAGACACUGAGGUGUCAGGGAAACUGUCCGAGUUAAAACUUUCCCCUCGAGAUGAGAGCAGGAAAUACAAACGAUCGAACAGCGAGGACGAUUCAGAAUCUAAAGACACCAAAGUGCUUGUGGAAAAGGAUGGGAAGUUCGACCUCGUUAGCAUGAACGAGGUGGAGAGUAAGGGCGUCCUCCCUCCUAUAGCAAACAGUUUCAGUGACUGUUCACACUCUUCACCACGCAUCCAGCAGCAGGCUGGGAAGAUCCACAGUUCCUCCUCCUCUCCUCAACUUCUUGUCGGCUCUUCUUCCUUCCACCUGGGUGCGGACAACCCUCGAGCCCCCAGACCUCCAGCUCAGCCCAGGUUCAGACCCAGUUCAGCCAGCCACAGCCAGAGAGACAUCCAGAGGAGGAACAGCAAGAGACGGGUGCAGUCUGCUACAGGAGCACCGUGCCAGACCUACAGCCUGUCCUCCCAGCAGAAGGAGCUGCUGCAGAGGAUCCAGGAGAGGAAGGAGAGGCUGGCCAAAGAGACAGAGCAGAGGAAGCGAGAGGAAGAGGAGCUGAAGCGGCAGGAGAACGAGCAGGCGUUCAAAAACUGGCUGAUGAAGAAAAGAGAGCAGCUUCAUGAGGAGAAAAGGAUCCAACACGCCCAGGAGAUCGAGAGAAUGAACUCUAAAAGAGACUCCAGUGACCCGGAUGAGGCCUUCCAGUCGUGGCUUCAGAGGAAACGUGAUCAGCAGCAGAAGGAGAGGCAGCUGGUGGAGCUCAGGAAACUGGAGGAGGACAGUAGUUACCUGUUGCACAGCAGAGAGGAGUGUGAACACGCCUUUAAACUCUGGCUGAAGAGGAAGCGGGCAGAGAAGCGAGCAGAGCAGCAGGCGGCUCGGGAGCACUCUCGCAGGUUGGUGCUGGAGGAGCGGCGGGCUCGACGUAUGAGGGACCUGAUGUGCACGGUGAAUGAAACCAAACCUUUCAGGUUCACAGAACAGCUGGCCUACCGCUUCUGAACCAAAUG